AUGGCUGAAGACGACAAAGGUUCUUCGGCUUGGUACAAGGUGCCAACGUGGGACGGAAACCCCACAGGAUUCCGCCAGUUCAAGAAAGAGAUGGAAUGGUGGAUUGCAUCAUUGGACCCAAUUUCCUGUGGAAAAUUUAAUGUUGCUGCAAGGUGGACAUUGAGACAAACAGGAAUUGUCAGGGCCAGGUGCGAAGAGUUUCUUCCAUCAGAGCUUGAGGGGUCAAAAGAAGUGACAGCUAAAGACCCCGAUACUGGCGAUGACAUAGUUGUUGAGGAAGCCAACCCUUGGAAAGGGCUUCGAAAGUUGGUUGAUGCAUUGGAAGAGUCGAUGGGCAAAACGACCCUUGACCGCAAAGGUGAUCUUCGUCGACAAUUUUAUGUUGAGUUGAGGCGAUCGCCUGGAGAACGGAUCAGUGCAUUUUGUUCCAGGUUCAGGAGAAUCACUUCGGAGCUCAAAAGGGAAGGCAUUAACCUGCCUGCCGAUGAAUUGGGCUGGUUCCUGAGGAACAAGUUGGGAUUGGAUACAUUGAGAGUUCAGCUGUUGGACACUGCAUUGCGUGGCCGGGAAUCGUAUGAGGAAGUUGAGGGUGAAUGCUUGAGAUUGUUUCGUGACCUCCAUAGUGAGGACCCUCUUCAUCGCCAAAAGGCCACAGAGCGUGCACCGUUGUUGAACAGAUUCCUCAACCAGUCCCAAGCUCCACCUCGAAGUGCCUUGGUGACUGAGGGCCCAGUUGAAGAGAUUGCCGAGGGCGAGGAGGAUGAGGAAGAACUUGUUCCGGACCAUCCGGAUCAGAUCGGACCGGCCUUGGAGGAGGUGCUCACUGCCGAGGCGGAGGUUCUUGCCGCCGAGAUCCAAGCCUUGGAGGAAGAAGGACUUGAACCAGAUGUCCUUGAGGCCUUGGAAUCAGGCGCACGCCGCAAGAUCGCCGAGAUCAAAAAGGAUCGAGGAUAUGGUAAACAGGGAUCCUCGUCCAUGCCGAACAAGCCCAAGUUUACGGGCAAUCAAGUGAAUGGCAAGAAAGCCAAAUCCAGUUGCUGGGAUUGCGGACAGCAAGGGCAUUGGAGUGGUGACCAUGGAUGCCCAAACCCCGGUGCUGGUUUGUUCAAGCCGAAAUCCAAUUCGGCAAAGCCUCAAAAGCAUGUUAGAGUUGCUGAAGCGUUGACCACCGAGAUGGCGGUGGAUGCUGAUGUUGAUGACACCCCAGCCCACGAGGUGAUGACCACCUCCCGGGUUAGUCGACCGUCGACCUUGGCCGAAGCAUUGCAAGGGUCGCAUGAGGUUCAUGUUGGACAGUUAGCUUCGCUUUCUUUGGACAAACGUUUGAUGGGAGCAUUGGAUUCAGCUUGUAACCGGACAUGUUGUGGGUCGGCGUGGGUUGAGCAUUAUUUAGCAGCUUUGCAAUCGGCGCCUGAGGCUAUUCAACAGCUGGUCAGCCGAAGCCAGGAGCAGGAGACGUUCAAAUUCGGUGACGGUGGAACACAGAAGAGUUCAGUUCGGAUUCGCCUUCCCAUGGUUGUCGGCACGGACCUGGUUUUGACAUGGGUAUCCAUUAUUCCUGUGGGGAGUCUUGGAUUGUUGCUGGGACGUGACUGGUUGGAUGGAGUUGGAUGCGUUUUGAGCUUUUCGAAGAGAGUUAUGCGAGCAGAUCAUUUGAGUGGACAUCACAUCCCCUUGAAACAAUUAGCUGCAGGACAUUUUGCACUACGGCUCAUCCCCUCGGAGUGGCCGAUUCCAGGCAAGAUGCGUUGGCGAAGAGUUGGGCAGGAUGGUGUUGUCGCUUUGCAGAUUUCACAUUCAGAUUGGCUUCAACGGAAGUUGUUAGCAGUGCAAUCGUUGUCAACAAAUAGUCAUGAGCAUUUGUUGUCGGAACACAGCGUUUGUGCAGCAAAGCUUGUUGGAGUGAGUUUUGAUGAUGGAAGCUGUUUUGAUGAUUUGGCUCACAGCAUGGCUCAAACGCCAACAGCUACCCCGACAUCGACUACCUCGACUUCAAGUUCACCCAAUCGAGCCGCUGCUCUUGGGAUCCAUGGAAGAGGCACCCGAAGGCCGCUUCGCCUUCCAGUGGAGGAGAAUCAUCAUCCGUCUCCGUGCAAGACUCCUAUGGCACGUGCACGGCAUUUGCUUAUGGUUAUGUCGGCGGCCUUGGCUUCGAUUCACGCCAUUUCCAUACCCUUCCAUCAGCAGCAUCAUGCAGUGGCAGCUUCAAGCCCAGCAGAUGGUUUCCAACGGAGCCAUGCGUACACAGCUGGAAACUUGAAGGAAGCUAUGUGGCUCAGGGAUCGCCUUGGAUGGCAGACAUCCUUCGUGGAGGACCCGAUGCUGCAGGGUAUGUUGGCCGCAAGGUCUUCAAAAGGAGUGGCGAACAAGAUUCGUCAAGAAGCCGUGGCAGAAGCCAAAGCAUUGGCCAUCAAGGCCAAAGAGGAGGGCAAGGAGCUUCAAGCGGUGAGGGAACUCAUCGGUCCAAAAGGAGGUUUACCGGCUCUCAAAACCGACCUCCAGAAGCUGGCAUCAUUGCUUCACGUCUCGUUCAACGAGAAGACGACUGUCGAGCAGCUCAAAGCAGGCAUCAAGCCUGUGGUUCAAGCACUCAUGGCAAAAGCUCCAGCGUCAUCGAUGACCAGCAGUUCAAGUGGAGCAAGUUUUCAGGAGGAGCCUCCGAAGCCUUCCAAAGCUCCAUCCUUGGGAGAGCUCUGCCAGGACCUGCACCGUCGACGCCUUCGACUACAGUCGGGAGGCACCAUGCGCUACGACAUGACCGCCAAAGAUUCCGAGAUGGACGGCCACAUGACGCAUGGAUGGACUCAGCAGGAGAUUGCAGCCGCCCAAGAGGGAGGAUUCAUGACCCCCGAGGAGAUGCGGAGGUUGAAUUGGGAAGUUCAGGGAGACCUGAGGAUUGCCACAUCAUCAUCAUGCAUUGCUGAUGAACUCCAUGGCAUGGUGUGCUCCCGAGACCAUGCACACCAGCCGGUUAUUGGUGGCUCCAAAAUCACCAGUCGAGCAGGGCAUUAUCCGGUCGCUCUUGCAAAGGCCAUUGUCAGAGGUCUUGAGAAGCAGUUUCAUGUUGAUCAUGGCCGCUGUCGAGAGGUGCUUGCAGUUGUUGGGGCGGAGGAGGAACGGUCAGAUGAUGGAGGAGAUUCGGUGAUGGACCCCUUCAAUUCUGAGUCAGAGAUUUCUUCCAUGGAUGAUGAAGGGUCACCAGAGACAAAGAUCCCUUCAGCCAUUCGCCUAGCUGUCAAGCGUCUGCAUGAGAACACUGGACACAGGUCGAACAGACGACUGGCCCGAGCCUUGGUGUUGUCAGGAGCUCCCAAGGAGGUGGUGUUGGCUGCCAAAUCCUUGAAGUGCAGCAUUUGCGAUGAAAAGAAACGCCCGAAGAGCAGGAGACCGACUUCUUUGCCCACACCAAAGGAUGUCUCCGACCAGGUUCACCUGGAUAUCUUUGAGAGCGUUGAUGUUUCAGAGCAGCGUUUCUACAUUGUGCAUUGUAUUGAUUGGACCAGUCGUUUUCAGAUGGCAGAAGUUCUGGAGACAAAAGACUCUGACAGCAUUGUCAACUGGUUCCAAGAGAGGUGGAUGAGCAUUUUUGGCCCACCGCGGGUCAUUGUCGCUGACCAGGGACGCGAGUUCGUGUCAUGGGUUUUCCAAGAGAUGUGCGACCGCCAUUCGAUCCUUUUGCACCACAUCCCAGUGCAGGCACCAUGGUGCAAUGGUGUAUGUGAGAGAGGAGGUGGGAUACUGAAAGGUUUGCUGGAGUGUUGCGUCAAGAGUCGUUCAGUUGCAGGGCUUGCAGACAUGAAAGUUGCGUUGCAAGAGUGCGUGCUAGCAUACAAUGCAGAUAUCAACGAACUUGGUGUCAGCCCAGCACAAGCAGCGAUUGGUCGACAGCCACGGAUGAUUGGCGAUGUUCUUGGAAACUUUGGUCAGAGGUUGGCAGAGCAUGGUUUGAUAGAUGGCCGCCCUUCAUUGGCCAGACAAGUUGCCCUACGUGAGACAGCCCGCAUUGCCAUGACGCAAUCGAGUGGUGCAGCACCUGGCACACCCGUGCCUGCCUUGAUCACCGGUGCCAGUCAGGUUCCGGGUACCCCACCUUUGAGCAGCCGAAUGGAGGAGUCAGUUGAAGCGGCCCGAGAGCUUGAGGCCAUGGGCAGGAAACGUGCAGCAGAGCUGGAAGCUGAAACACUUCGUGAAGGUUCUGGUUUUGAGGCUCAUGUUGCCACCACAGUGCUCAAGAGCAUAUUGAAGACCAAGAAUGACUUAGUGUCACAGUAUGCCAAAGCUCACAAGAAUGACAGUCCCGUGGAGCCACAGUCACCACACUAUGUGGACACCCUGGAAGCUGACAUUCGUGAUGGGUUGAUGCACCCGUUGAAAGCCAUACAGCAGCAAGUCGACCGUGACAAGCAAAGCCCAGAGCUGGUUGAAGUACAGGAUCAUGGGAGCUGGUCAGGUCAGUGGCCUUUGCCGUCCAGGAGCUCUUGGAUGGCACAUGAAACGUGCUGCGUGCUUUGGCCUUCUGGUGGACACGAAGUCAAUGCAGCGAAAACCGCCAGACGUGAGGUCAAGUGGAGGAACAUUCCCCUUCACGAACGUGAUGCCUACCGCCAAGCUGCGGAGACAGGUUGGAAAGUGCAGACCGACAAUGGAGCAUUCGAGAUUUUGACAGAUGCUGAAGCUCAAAAGGUCAGAGCCCGGUUGAAGGCAGCAGGACAGAUGAACAAAAUCUUGACUCCCAGGUACAUCUACACCGACAAGAAUGAUGGGUUGAGACGUUGGUAUUUGCGUUUGAACAAGUCAUUGACAAGACUUGGUUGGGUGCGAAGCAGCAUGGAUGCAGCACAAUGGUUCCUCAAGAGUCCCGAAGGAACAUUGGAUGGGAUCGUCGUGAGCCACGUCGAUGACCUGCUCAUGGCCGGAACGGCCAAAGCCCAUGCGACGCUCAAGGCAUUGGGUGAAGAGUUGGGUUUCGGUUCAUUGGAAACUGGAAGCUUCACAUAUUGUGGAAAGUUGGUGCAACAGUUGCCUGACAAAAGCAUUGAAGUUAGCAUGCGUGCAUAUCACGAAAACAUGCAGCCAGUUUCCGUGCCCAUUCACCGCAAGAAGCAGUUGGAUGCACAGCUCACACCUUCAGAGCAUCGCCAGUUGAGGGCGAUCUUGGGGAGUUUGCAAUGGGUUGUGGCCCAAGUGCGUUGGGACAUGGGGUAUCAGUUGAGUGUCCUACAAGGAGAGCCUCCGGUUGUCAAGACCCUUUUGAGGGCCAAUGCAUUGGUGAGGUUGAUGAAGCAAGAUGCUGGUUUCAAGUUGAAGUUCGGGCCUAUGUGCUUGGAUGGGGCUGGCAUCCUUGUUGUUUCGGAUGCGUCGUUGGGGAACGUGACACGUUCUGGAGGAGCUGACGGGAGCAUCUUCACCAAAGUGUUUAGCCAAGCGGCUUACCUUGUGUUGGUUGGCGAUCGUGACCUCAUGGAGGGCCGUGAAGGAAAGUUUGGAGUCUUAGACUCCAGGAGCCAUCGCUUGAGCAGAGUGUGCCGAUCCACAUUCGGCGCCGAAUUGCUCGGUUCAGAGGAGGCAUUUGAUGCUGGCUUGUUUUGUCGAGGCCUCUUUGCAGAAGCCCAAGGCUUUGAUGUGUUGAGAGGAGACAGUUGCUAUGCUGGCAGCGUGCCCCUUGGCUUGGUGUCGGACGCCAAGGACGUGUUCGACAAGAGCGUGUCGGAUACACCGACCUAUGGAAGCCAGAAAUCUUUGGCUUUCUCGGUUGCAUGGAUUCGUGAGGUGCUCCGCAAAGAUUGCACCAGGAUCCAUUGGACAUCGACGGAGAACAUGCUCAUAGACUGCGGCACCAAAGAGAUGAAUGCAACGCAUUUGAAAACGGUUUUGGACCGGGGCAGUUGGAGCAUCACAUACAAUCCCAGCUAUGUCAAGCAAACUUUGAAGCCUACAAAGCCCUUGCUGGCAAAAGCUCGGAACUCCGUCCUUCCAGGCCGCGUGUUGAAUGGGGAUGACCCCAUCCUGAGCCACUUACAGAAGUUGGCCGAGCGACCGGGUUGGCAUGUCCAGCAUCCAUAUGGCAUACACGUAUGCCGGAACGCCGUCUCGUUUCGGACCCCCAAUCCACGAUUCUCGAAAGAACAAUACCCACUCCGGACUUCGUAUGGUAGGUUCGACAACGAGCUUCAAGCGGAAUGGAGAAUCCUGGAAGACAAGGUCAGGGACGGGAAGCUAGAAAAGAUAGGCGACACCGCCUCAGUGCUGGUCACAUUCUUUGGUCCUGAAAGCCAAAACCCCAAAGAUCAACAGAAGAAGGGAUCCGCUGAGAAAGAGCAUUUGCCUUUGGGUUGA